AUGGAUUCAUCCAUUGAGGCAACUCCCCUCACUCCGCCGGUCCCAGCGGAGGAUUCUCGACAUGCUUUUUUUAUGAAGCAGGCGCUGUUGAUGGGCGAAAAAGCACUGGAGUGCGGAGAGACCCCCGUGGGUUGUGUUCUAGUCCAUAACGAUCAGAUCGUGGGAUAUGGAAUGAACGAUACCAAUCGUUCAAUGAAUGGAACCCGACAUGCGGAAUUUAUUGCCAUCGCAGAGGUGCUCCAAACAUAUCCCAAGUCAAUCCUAAAAUCCACGGAUCUCUACGUGACUGUCGAGCCAUGCGUCAUGUGUGCCUCGGCCCUCAAGCAGUAUCGCAUUCGGAGUGUUUAUUAUGGAUGUGCCAAUGAUCGAUUUGGCGGCACUGGCGGUGUUCUGUCGCUCCAUUCAGACCCCUCCAUCGACCCCACAUACCCGGUGUAUGGUGGGCUCUUCCAACAGGAGGCCAUUAUGCUACUUCGCCGGUUCUACAUCCAAGAGAAUGAGAAAGCGCCAAAUCCUCGGCCAAAGAAGAACCGUGAACUGAACACCAAAUUUGAGAAUACAGAAGACCAGGCAUCGGGUACAUGGGAAUAG